UUCCACUUUUCUGCCACAGAAUACAAACACAUUUCAUUUCAAUGGCUUUUCCGGAGAACAGCAGCAAAUUUGAUAUCAUUCCAAGCUUUCUGUAUUCUUCUUCUUUGUUACGCACGGGCUCUUAUAAUACCAGUGAUUUAAAAGAGUCGAUUGUAAAUCAAAAUCAGUCCUCUUUUAGUUCAUCAUCGUCGCGGCUAGUUUCGUUUAAUAACGAUGGAGAGGGUGGUAAAAGGAGGUUCGUUGUCCAAUCUCCGAUGGAAAGUGCACGUAAGAUCGAGAUGUUCUCGCCUGCUUUCUAUGCUGCAUGUGCAUCAGGAGGCAUUUUAGCCUGUUCUAUCACUCAUGCUGCCAUCACUCCUAUUGAUGUCGUCAAGUGCAAUAUGCAGGUUGACCCUGCAAAGUACAAGAACACAAGAACUGGUUUCGCGGUUUUGCUCAAGGAGCAAGGAGCCAAAGGCUUGUACAAGGGUUGGGCGCCAACGAUGUUAGGUUAUGGUGCACAAGGUGCUUUCAAGUAUGGGUUUUAUGAAUUUUUCAAGAAAUACUACUCAGACAUUGCUGGUCCAGAGUAUGCUGCCAAGUACAAAACUUUGAUCUAUCUUGCGGGCUCUGCAUCUUCUGAAUUCAUUGCUGAUAUUGCUCUAUGUCCCUUUGAGGCCGUCAAGGUUCGUGUGCAAACUCAACCUGAUUUUGCCAAGGGACUGUCUGAUGGUCUUCCAAAGAUUGUCAAAUCUCAGGGCAUUCGCGGGCUCUUCAAAGGCAUUGGUCCUCUUUGGGGACGACAAAUUCCAUAUACUAUGAUGAAGUUCACAUCUUAUGAGAUGAUUGUCGAUCUUCUGUACAAGCAUGCUAUCCCGACACCAAAGGACCAGUGCAGCAAACCUCUGCAGCUUGGUGUGAGCUUUGCCGGUGGUUAUUUAGCUGGUAUAUUGUGCGCUGUCGUAUCACACCCUGCUGAUAAUCUGGUGUCUUUUCUUAAUAAUUCUCAAGGAGCCACAAUCAGCGACGCCGUGAAGAAGCUCGGGUUGUGGGGUUUGUUUACUCGUGGCCUUCCUCUUCGUAUACUCAUGAUCGGAAGCCUUACUGGAGUGCAGUGGAGUAUAUAUGAUUCUUUCAAAGUUUUUGUUGGCCUGCCAACUACUGGGGGAAGUUCACCUCCCACGCCAGCCAAGAUUGAUAUGUAGAAGAAAAGAUACAGAACACGAAUACAUUCUUUGUUACAUGUAAUAAUGUAGGGUUAGUGUUGGUUAUUGUCUGAGCUUGAUUUGAAAUAGUGAUACUCAUUAUUAAAGUUACUAGUUGAUAACCCGUGCCAAGCACGGGUUUAAAUAAAAUUUGAAAAUUUAUUAUUUAUUGGAAGAAUAAUGUUUUUUUAGUUA